GUACAGAAGGCACAGCAACUUGUGUACAAACACUUCACUUCCGAAACAUGUCGCGUCAAUCCAUGUCAAAAUGAUGGUAGAUGUAUUCCAGGAAAACUAAGCUGUCAAUGCACACAAGGAUGGAUGGGGAGAUUUUGUCACAGAAAGUGUCGGAACAUAUACAAAAGUUGCGAACGAUGGGCGGCUGAAGAUAAAUGCCAUGCUGUGUUAACACAAACAAAUUUCUUCGAUGUAAACUGUGCGCUCGCUUGCAAUUUAUGCAAGCCUGAUUCAGAUCAUGAUGAGCCGGAGGUACCUCUCGCCCCAGCGCUCGAGCCGCUACAAUUUUUCCUCGGGAGGUGGUACUCUCAGGUUAUAAGAGAGCUUUCCGGCGGCAAAAGGGCUACGAUACCCGACGGACGUGUUUGCGAACGAGUACGAAGAGCUCCUGGAUGUGGCGCCUGCAAAUGUGCCAAUGUUCGGACCUCCAUCACUGAAUCUAACGUUAGUGAACUUAUUUACAAAUCAAAUCAACCCUAG